AUGUCAGAAAACAGGAGACGUAGACGUGAGCAAAACGAUGAUUCCGAUUCUGACAACGAUUUACCACCAUCGUCUCCACAACAUGGCUCCGCUAGACUGCUAGAUCCGGUAUCAUCGCCUUUUGGAGCACCCAUGGAAGACGAAAUGGAUAAUCCUGAAGGAGCGGAUGACGAGAUUCAGGAUGAUCCAGAUCUCGAAGAGCUUGAAGAACAGAUGAAUGAGGUUGAUUUGAUGGGCGAAGAUAUGUACGCAGAUUACGGUGAUGAUCCAAAUAAAGACAGAUAUGAUCUCAGAGAUAUCGAUGAUGAGGCGCAGAAAGAGCUUUCGUUGUCUGAGAGGCGUAGAAUUGAUGCUCAACUUAACCAAAGAGACAAAGUAUUAAGAAAUACAGCUUAUAUGGAUGAUGAUGAUGAUGAGGGCGCUGGAGGCAAUCAAUUGGAUGAUAUGGGGUUACCGGUCCAGAGACGUCGCAGAAGAAGACAGUAUGAAAAUGCAGCACAUAGCGAUGAUGACUUAUUGAGUGAUAUUGAUAUCGAUCCGCUCACCGAAGAACUUACGUUAGAAUCAUUGGCCAACGUUAAAGCAAGCAGCUAUGCUGAGUGGAUUACUCAACCAAAUGUCUCGAGAACUAUUGCUAGGGAAAUCAAAUCAUUUCUGCUAGAGUAUACAGAUGAUACGGGUCGAUCUGUAUACGGUGCGCGUAUCAGGGUUUUGGGUGAAAUGAACUCUGAAUCUCUGGAAGUCAACUACCGACAUCUAGCAGAAUCUAAAGCUAUCUUGGCGCUUUUUUUGGCGAAAUGUCCAAGUGAGAUGCUCAAAAUUUUUGAUCUAGUCGCAAUGGAAGCCACGGAGCUGCACUACCCCGAUUAUGCCCGUAUCCACUCGGAAAUUCAUGUGAGAAUAUCAGAUUUUCCAACUAUCCACAGUCUAAGAGAACUACGUGAGUUUAAUUUGAACUCGUUGGUGCGAGUCACUGGUGUUGUCACAAGAAGAACAGGUGUCUUCCCACAACUCAAAUACGUUAAAUUCAAUUGUUUGAAAUGUGGAUCUGUGCUUGGUCCUUUCUUUCAGGAUUCCAACGACGAGAUUAAGAUCUCGUUUUGCACAAAUUGUAAGUCGAAGGGCCCAUUCACUGUGAAUGGUGAGAAAACCGUCUACCGUAACUACCAGAGGAUAACUCUACAGGAGGCUCCAGGCACGGUUCCUGCAGGACGUCUGCCAAGGCACAGGGAAGUCAUACUUCUUGCAGAUUUGGUUGAUAUCUCGAAGCCUGGUGAAGAGGUAGAAGUAACUGGUAUAUAUAAGAACAACUAUGAUGGGAACCUUAAUGCGAGAAAUGGUUUCCCUGUGUUUGCCACUAUUAUUGAAGCAAACUCGAUCAAGAGAAGGGAAGGAAAUAUGGUAAAUGGGGAGGAAGAGGGACUUGACGUUUUCGGUUGGACUGAAGAAGAAGAGCGUGAGUUUCGGAAAAUGUCAAGAGACCGUGGUAUUAUCGAUAAAGUUAUUUCAUCCAUGGCACCAUCUAUCUAUGGACAUAGAGAUAUCAAGACUGCUGUUGCAUGUUCUUUGUUUAGUGGUGUGCCCAAGAACGUGAAUGGUAAGCACGCUAUUCGUGGUGAUAUUAAUGUUCUAUUGCUAGGUGAUCCGGGAACUGCUAAAUCGCAAAUCCUGAAAUACAUCGAAAAGACGGCGCACAGGGCUGUUUUCGCUACAGGUCAAGGUGCUUCUGCAGUUGGUUUGACUGCGUCAGUAAGGAAAGAUCCGAUCACAAAAGAAUGGACACUAGAAGGUGGUGCGUUGGUCCUAGCAGAUAAAGGUGUUUGUCUAAUUGAUGAGUUCGAUAAGAUGAAUGACCAGGACCGUACAUCUAUCCACGAAGCUAUGGAACAACAAAGUAUAUCUAUUUCGAAAGCUGGUAUAGUGACCACUCUUCAGGCGCGUUGUUCGAUCAUCGCAGCAGCAAAUCCAAAUGGUGGUCGAUACAAUUCAACUUUGCCAUUAGCCCAAAAUAUCAGUCUGACAGAGCCCAUCCUUUCGAGAUUCGAUAUUCUAUGUGUGGUCAGGGAUUUGGUUGACGAAGAAGCAGAUGAAAGGCUAGCAACUUUCGUCGUGGACUCGCACGUCAGAUCACAUCCUGAAAACGAUCCGGAGGACGAAGAUCAUAGCAAUCACAAUGAGGCUGAAGAUGAAGAGAUGGAUGAAGAAGCUGCACGGAUAACUGCCAGGCAGAGACGUUUAGAGAGGCAAAGAAAGAAAGAAGAAGAAGUUUCUCCUAUACCGCAAGAGAUGUUAAUCAAGUACAUUCAUUAUGCAAGAACCAAGGUACAUCCAAAACUUCAUCAAAUGGAUAUGAACAAAGUGAGUCGAGUUUAUGCAGAUUUGAGGCGAGAGAGUAUUUCGACGGGGUCGUUCCCGAUCACAGUGCGUCAUUUGGAAUCGAUACUGAGAAUCGCGGAGUCAUUUGCAAAGAUGAGAUUAUCUGAAUUCGUCUCUUCGUGGGAUUUGGAUAGGGCUAUCAAAGUUGUUGUGGAUUCCUUCGUUGACGCUCAAAAGAUUAGUGUGCGCCGUCAACUACAAAGGUCGUUCGCUAUAUACACGUUGGGCCAUCGACAAAACUCUUAG